CAGAAGCUCGAAGGACCACUUAUGCCCCGAGACAAGCAAGAGGAGGUCAUCAUCAACAUAGGCAGCGAUGAUGACGAUGCUGCCAAUGAAGACGCAUGGAUCGAAUUGCGCCUGGCGGAAUCAGUUGUUUCUUCUUGUUCAGACUGACCUUGUGAAUUCGUCAACUUUCUAUACUCCAGGGACCCAAGUUAUAUCGAGGACUUCCGAAGGAGCCGCGGAAGUGAUCUGGGCACUGCUAUCAGUUAGCUGAUACGCUCUAUCUUUCCAAACUAGAAAUAUUAUUACGCUUCCCAUAUCCGUAACUCAUUGAGCAACAUCGUCGUCUUUUGGGUCUGAUCUGCAAUUGGGCCCUGUCAUAUACUCCCCCCACCGCCAUCCUGCCUGAAGGUCCUACGACAGGGACCCUCUCAGGAGAUCCCGUCCCUGCCACUCGGGCCACUUCUUGAUCUUAGGUAUAUGUUAGCAUCUAUCCCUUAAAGGAGCACCACAUAUCCAAUGGCAUUUUCUCACCGGGUCAUCGUUCGCGAGGAAACGCUCAAAAUCGGCAGGACCGACAUGAAUACAGCGUCACGAGUUCACUCGGGUCAGCUGCGUUCGAAACUGAGGCUCUAUGUUUGCCUCUUGGAUGAAGGUGAUGUCCAAGAAUCCAUGAAGGCUAUUGCGACCUGUCCGACUAUAAUGACCAACGCCCCCUCCGUAAAUGUGCUAGUCGAUCCACGCGCUCUUUCCGCGAGGUCUCCUAUCUACCAACACCUGUUGACAGCACGCAAGACAACCACCAAAAUCAAUUUCUACCAUUCGCACGAUGGCAAGUUAUUUAUUCGCGACCAGGAGCUGGAAGAGACAUUGGACGCAGAAUCACAGCGUGGGCCUAAUCGAAUGCUGCAUAGCCCCUGUUCCGCCCGACACACUACGCCGGAACAAAUGGCAAAGGAAGUUCAGCGACCUUCACAGAGUGCUUCCUGAGGGUGCAUGGCAAGAUCUAUGGAUCUACUAGACGAGAGCUAUUCUUUCGGGGUUGACGAUAUAGGCACAAAGACACAAAGCAAGUGGGGUACGAAGGAUGGUCCCGGCGGUUUUUUGGGGGUUGCUGGUCUAUAGUUGUUGCUCCUACAUGGCCUAAUGGCCCACAUAAUGCACUCAGAUCACACGCA